UCGAAGACGCGGGAGCGAGCUGGCGCGGCGGCGCUGCCCGCGCGUCCCCUUAUCAUCUUAUCAGCCCUUAUCACUUAUCACUCAUCGCGAAUCCGAUCGAGUUACAGUUGAUUCACGCACGUGCAAAUAUCCGAUACACAUGUAAUUUUAAUUAAACCCGAUCAUGUACAAUAAAGUGUUAUUGUUUGUGUGUUUUAUUAUUGGAUAUGUUCACGGCCAAGUAAUACAACAGCAGGACCUCAUAAACAAGCUGGUGUGCAUCCAACACGAGCAGUGCGGGCCGUGCCUCUCCGCCGCGUCGCACUGCCGCUGGUGCGCCGACCCCUACUACCCGGCCACUGCGCCGCGCUGCAAUGAUGAUGAGAGCUUAGUUGCCUUUGGAUGUGGACAAGGUAUGAUACAACGGCCGGAGAAAUCAGUUUGGGAGGUGGCAGACAAUCGUAGUCUUCAAGACAUGUUGCCAGACAGUCUGGAGGCUGUGCAGAUACAACCACAGAGGAUAAAGCUCUCUUUAAAACCACGUGAAACAAGAAAAAUUCAGUUCCAAUACCGUCCAGCGAGAAACUAUCCGUUAGAUUUGUACUAUUUGAUGGAUCUCACGUGGUCGAUGAAGGAUGACAAGGAAACACUCGUAUCUUUGAGAGACGAUCUCCCUGAAAUGCUGAAAAACUUGACUGAUAACUUUAGAUUAGGUUUCGGAAGUUUUGCCGAGAAGCCAGUAAUGCCUUUCAUAAGCGUAGACCCGGGACGUAGAGCGAACCCUUGCACUGUUGAGGAAGUAGACUGCGAAGCUACCUACAGCUACAAACAUCAUCUAUCUCUUACUAAUAUGGUGAAUGAAUUCAUAGAAAGUGUAAACAGUAGUUCAGUGACGGCAAAUUUGGACAACGCGGAGGCGCAAUUGGACGCGCUGGUCCAGGCGAUAUCGUGCGGGAGUCGGAUCGGAUGGGCGACACGGAGCCGCAAAAUUAUCAUUUUGUUGUCUGAUGGACUGCUGCAUACCGCUGGCGAUGGGAAAUUAGGCGGCGCUUCCCUGAAAAACGACGAAACGUGUCAUUUAGACGAAAACGGGUAUUAUUCUGAAGCCGCUAAAUACGACUAUCCUUCCAUUGCACAAGUUUACCGACUCUUGGAUAAGUAUAAGGUAAACGUAAUUUUCGCAGUAACGGAAAGCGUAAAAGACCACUACGACAGCUUGCACCAGCUCCUAAGCGAUUUCACGUAUAUCGCCAAAUUGGAAAGCGACAGUUCUAACAUUCUGAAGUUAGUAAAAACGGGUUACGAAGACAUCGUGAGUGUCGUGGAUUUCGAAGACGAUGCCAGUUCGGGCCCUGUGAAGGUCAAGUACUUUACCGACUGUGGAGUGAAAGGUGGCACGUUGGUCGAAGCGAGGCGCUGUUCUGGCGUCGAAUAUGGCAUGACUAUUAAUUACGAGGCUCACGUUACGCUGGAUUCUUGUCCCGAAUUCAAAAAGUCGCAGCAAACAAUCACAAUAUCUGAAAGUCAGCUGGGUCAGGAUUCCUUAACCCUGGAGGUGGAUAUACAAUGCGGGUGCAACUGCGAGAGUGAUCUGAUAAAGGAUAUGUCGCUGACGUGCCCGGCACAUUCACACCUCGUUUGCGGUGUUUGUCAGUGUAAUAAAGGAUGGUCAGGUCCAAAAUGCGAUUGCUCCAUAGAAGACGACGCAGCCUCCGCCGCUUUGCUCUCACAGUGCAGAGAACCGAACUCAACACGUCUGAUGACGUGCUCCGGCGCAGGGGACUGCUUGUGCGGAAAGUGCGAGUGUGACCGAGGGUUUAGUGGCAAGUUCUGCCAAUGUAAAGACUGUGAGAUUAGUAUUUUGAACGGCAUGGAGUGCGGUGGCGUGGAGCACGGCGUGUGCGUGUGCGGGCAGUGCGCGUGCGAGGCGGGCUGGAGUGGCGCCGCGUGUGACUGCACCACUGACGUCAGCAAGUGCGUGCCGCCAGCUGCUGGAGAUGUGUGUUCGGGGCAUGGGGAUUGUGUUUGUGGCCGCUGUGAAUGUUCCGCGUCAGCAGACGGCAUGAAAUACUCGGGCAUGUUCUGCGAAAUGUGCGCGACGUGCGAGAACCCCCUGUGCGUAAACGCCGAGCCGUGCGUGCUCUGCCACUUGAGCAACAACUGCACCGAGUCGUGCAGCAUCGCGGGCGUCAACUAUACUGUGAGCGAACGGUUGCAUGAUGAAACUGAAAAAUCCUCCGACAUCCCCUGCAUCUUGCGGCGUUUGGAGGACGGUCUUGAGUGUGAAUACAGAUACACCUACAAUGCAGCAGUACAAUCUAUGAUCACCAUGGAAAUCGUCAUCAGAUCCAAGGAGUGUUCCCAACCAGCUACCGCCAAGAUCAUGACGAGUGCAAUUAUUACUAUGGCUUGUGUUAUUCUUGGCGGAAUAAUCAUUAUUCUAGGCAUAAAAAGCGCACAAAUAGUGUCAGAUAGACGAGCAUAUGCCAAGUUCUUACAAGAAGCACAGGAGAGCAGAAAGAAUAUGCAAGAAUUAAAUCCUUUGUACAUAUCUCCCAUUUCUGAGUUCACGUUACCUGAGUCGUAUCCAAGGGAUAGAAAUGAUUGAAAUUAGAUUGAUAAGUAGUUAAUUAUUCAAAUUUUAUUAACUUCUUUAAAUAUGAAUUUUCAUCAGUAUAUAAUGUACAUAAUUAAAUUAAUCUAUAUCUAUUUGUCCCCUUGAAUUUAAUCUACCUUAUAAUAAAAAUACGAACAAAUUCAUGUCGCCUGGCAAAAAAUAACAAUUACUAUGUAAAUUAGGCAUUUUCAUUUAUUGUGUAUUUAAUUAAUUUAUAAUAAUGGGCAUUACUUUACAGAUUAAGUAGGUGCUGUUAGUUUUCUUAAUUGUAUUGCUUAUAAUAUUAUUAUAAUCAGUAUGUACUAUGUGGGUACUUAAACUCCAAAUAAUGUAUUAUUUAAUUAUUGUUUAUGUAAAUGAUAAAAUGAUUGAUUGAAAAAAGCAUUGAGUGUUAAUUAAUUUUAAUAUGUUGUGGCUUUGCGAUGUGUUUGAGUUGAUUGAUAAAUAUUUUUACUAGUCCUCUGUUAGGUUAAAUUUAUAAUAUUUUCUAUUUGUUACAUGUUUGGAGAGUAUUCCUUUCAAGUCUUGUACAGAAAGACAUAUUUUGUGAAGGCGCUGUAUAGUGGUUGAAAGGAGAGAGGGAAAAUAAAAGAAUUCAAUUAAUGUAUGUUCAUUUCAUUUAUUAGUUAUAAAAAUAAUUCGUAUAUCCCAAACAUUAUUACCUACAUCACAAAAUGGAAUGUAUACAAAAUUGGUCGUACAAAUGCAAACCUUAUUUAUUACAUAGUUACAUACAGUUGACGAGUUUUUAAAACUUUUGAUACAAUAAAAUGCCUUUGAUACAUA